UCCUCCUUUUUUAUUUAAGCUUGUGCCUAAGCUGCCCAGGACGGAACAUAUGAAUACUACAAGCCACCUCUUCCAUGCCUCGCCUCCUUCGUCUCCCCCCCCAAUACUUCUCAUAAUGCUGUCUAAACGCAUGACCGCAAAUCCGGCGCGGCCGUCCAGGUACCGCGCCGGGAAGCCAACCGGUGCAUAUUCAUCGUCCGAAUCUGAUUCAGAAGUAACCAAUACCGACCCUGCGGAGCCACAACAGACGAAGCGGAAGAUUCCACCACAGCCAAAAGAACGUGGUGUCGGAAAAUCUACUAGCAACUUAAACAAUAUAGAGCGUAGCAAGACUCGGGACGAAACACAGGAGACGGGAUUUCGACAAUUCGAGGCUGCGAAAGCCGCGCGGCCUGCGACCGAUGAGGGAUUCAUCACAGAAGACAGCCAUGACAACGAAGAAGAUACCAGUGAUGAUAUCCGAGAGGACGAAGCAGAAAGCAGCGAUGAAGAGGCCCCGAGGCCACUAAUGCUAAAACCUAGGUUUGUGCCCAAAACCGAAAGACAAGGACACGCAAACGGGAUCGGAACUUUCAUCAACGACCCGGGGACAUCUUCUUUGAUUCUCGAAGAGACUCGCAGGAGGAAGGCUAUUGAUGAGAUAGUUGAAGAGCAAAUGCGCAGAGAUGUGGCCGCCCGCGCGGUCGGGAAAAGGCAUUGGGACGAUGCUAUGGAUGAAGAGGAUGAUGUCGACACCGGAGAUGAUAUUGACCCGGAAGCCGAAUUUGCUGCGUGGAAACUACGUGAAUUAAAAAGGAUCAAGCGAGAGCGUGAGGCCAUCGAGGCCCGCGAAAAGGACAAGGCUGAGGUUGAACGCCGGAGAAAUCUGACAGAGGAGGAACGAAAGGCGGAGGACGAGAUUUUCCUCACGAAGCAGAAGGAAGAGAAGGACGCGAAGGGCAAGAUGUCGUAUAUGCAGAAGUACUUCCACGGGGGCGCCUUUUACCGAUACGAAGCGGAGGCUGAAGGCCUGGCCAAGAGGGAUAUUAUGGGCUCGCGUUUCGCCGACGAUGUCAAGAAUCGCGAACUGCUCCCUAAAGCGCUACAGAUGCGUGAUAUGACCAAACUUGGAAAGAAAGGGGCGACGAAGUACAAGGACCUCAAGUCUGAGGACACGGGUCGGUGGGGGGAGAUUCGCGACCCAAGACUGGCCAGAUCGCUUGAUUUUUACAUGCCUAACGAUAAAUUCAAGACCGAUCGCGAGGCUUCUCUGGGAGGCGCAAAUGCCGUACCCAUCGGCGACAGAAAGCCAAUUCAGAGACAGGGUGAUGGGUUUCGUGAGAGUCACCCGCGAGGAAGUCGUCGCGAGGAUAGAUCAAGAUCCACGUCCGCCCGGAGAAAUGACAAACAGGACUACAACAGCCGGCGAAAGAGGGACUGGCCGCCAGAGACUGAUCAGCCCGACGAGAAAAGGAGACGGAGGGUAGAACAUAGGUAGAGAUAGGCCAUGAGUAAUUGACCGACAUGUUCGUGGCCACACAUUGGUGCCACCUAUCUAGAUACGCGAGGUCAGUCGCUUCCCGGUACACCCGUCAAACAGCCCAGAAACAUGGGCAUCUAUAUUCUCACAAUCUCGACUCUGGCUC